AAAGCAGUGGGAAACAGAAACACUAUGGCUGCCACUCUGUCUCUUACUCAGCUUUCCAGUGGAAAUCCCGUCUAUGACAAAUAUUAUCGACAGGUGGAUCCCUCUGGGAGCGGACGAGUGGCGGCAGCAGAUGCGGCUCUCUUCCUGAAGCGGUCCGGCUUGGCUGACGUAGUGUUGGGAAAGAUCUGGGAUUUGGCAGACAGUGAAAGAAAGGGUUCACUUAACAAACAGCAAUUCUUCAUAGCAUUGCGGUUGGUUGCCUGUGCUCAGAAUGGCCUGGAGGUGGCGCUUAAGAGUCUUAAUGUGGCUGUUCCUCCACCCAAAUUUCAUGAUACAAGUAGCCCACUGUUGGCAGGAGGAGCGGCUGUCGACACACCCUGGGUUGUCAAGCCGGAGGAGAAGAUGAAGUUUGACUCGAUUUUUGAGAGUCUGGGUCCGGUUGGAGGGAUGCUGUCAGGAGACAAAGUUAAACCUGUUCUGCUCAACUCCAAGUUGCCUGUGGACAUCUUGGGGAGGGUGUGGGAGCUCAGUGACCUCGACAGAGAUGGCAUGUUGGACAGAGAUGAAUUUUCUGUGGCAAUGUUUCUGGUUUAUAGAGCUCUAGAGGGCGAGUCCGUUCCCAUGUCCCUACCGCCUCCUUUAGUUCCACCCUCUAAGAGGAAAAAAUCUGCGGUGGCACCCGUGAUGCCCCUGUUACCCUCACCUCCCUCUGUGAAAGAAAGUCGCUCCUCCCACACUGGCUCGAAGACCCUUCCCCACCCUCCCAAACCCGCGCCAGCUCCUGCCCCAACACCAGCAGCUGUCCCUUGGGUGGUGUCGGCGGCAGAUAAAGCUAAAUACGAUGAACUGUUCAGUAAGACGGACAGCGACAUGGAUGGCUUGGUGUCCGGAGCAGAAGUCAGAGAUAUUUUUCUCAAAACCGGGUUGCCAUCGGCUACACUCGCACGUAUCUGGGAGCUCUGUGACAUUGGAGACAUGGGGAAGCUGACCCGUGAGCAGUUUGCUUUGGCGCUUUAUCUGAUUAAUCUGAAGCUGACGAAAGGCCUGGAUCCACCGCAGACUCUCUCUGUGGAAAUGAUCCCUCCAUCCGACAGACAAAACGGCAAACAGAACAAUGCAAAUCUGGCAGCUGACUUCUCUGCUAUUAAGGAGCUUGAUACCCUCAGCAAUGAGAUUUUUGAGCUCCAGAGAGAGAAGAGCUCUGUAGAGGAGGAGAUAAAGGAGAAGGAGGAGGCUAUUCGACAACGCACGGAUGAAGUUCAGGACCUCCAAGACGAAGUAGCAAAGGAGACGGAGGAGCUUCAGCGGCUGCAGUCUCAGCGUCAGAAGGUCCAGGAAGCUUUAGAUGAGCUCGACCAGCAGAAAGCCAAUUUGGAGGAGCAGCUCAGCCUCAUUCGAAAGCAGACCAGCCAGGAGACCCAACUUAUCUCAUCACUGGAGUCGGAGCAUGAGGAGCAGGAGCAGAAGAUCUGUCAGUAUGAGGAGGAGCUUGUUCAGGCACGAGAGGAGCUUCUGGCUCUGCAGGAGGAGAGCCGGAGGCUGCAGGAAAAGGUUCAAGCUGCCCAGGAGCAACUAACUCCUCUUCAGGAGUCGGUGCGGGACUCCUUUACUCAAGUUUCCCAGAUUCAGCAGAAAGUACAAGAGCUUCGUCUGGAAGAGAGGUCAGUGACUGCUCAGCUGAGCUGGAAGAGAGCCCUUGAGGACAGCUCCCCAGUCAUGGUUAAUGGAUCGGCUGGCUCCACGGCAGAACUUGACCUCUUCAACGAGGACUUACCUAAAGAGCUUAAGGAGGUUGAGCCAGCUGCUGUCACCAGUCAGCAGAAAGAACAUUCAGAUGAAAAGGAGAGGGAGGAAGUCAAUGAGACUGAAAGAGAGAAGGAGGAGCAGAGCACCAAGGCUCCAGAGGAGAAGAGCAAACCUGAUGCUCUGGAUGAUCUCUUCUCCGGUCUAGCAUCUACUGAUAUGUACAGCAGUCUGUCCACCAUUUCUAAGCUACGAGAUAACCCAGUUGAGCAGGAAAACAACAGCUUAGCACCAGAUGUGUCAUCUGAGGCCUCCGAUGAUGAUGAAGAAUCACUAAAAGAGACUCCACUGAAGGUUGACUCUCCAGAGCCAGAGAGCCAGCAGGAGCAAUCAGAGUCUACAGAAACAACGCCCUCCCCGUUACCUCCACAGGUGGGCCCUCGCUCUCUUCCACCACAGACAAGCCCUCCUUCCCUGCCGGAGAUCGACUUCUUCAAUACAGACCCUUUCACUGACCAUGAUCCAUUCAAAGAAGAUCUCUUUGGAAAAGCAGAUGUAGCAGAUCCCUUUGGAGAAGAUCCAUUUAAAGGCUCAGACCCAUUCGCUGCAGACUCUUUCUUCCCCCAGCCCUCCAACGCCAGUUUUCCCUCUAAAGACCCUUUUUCAGCCUCAGCUGACCCAUUUAGCACAACGCCUGGAAUACCAGAACCAGACCUCUUUGCAGCCAAAGCUAAGGAUGGAUCAGCACUACCAGCAUCAGCUGCAGCAGCCCCAGAUCCCUUCGUCUCUAAGACAGCCAGUCCACCCCCAGCAUCCAAGGAUCCUUUUAAUUCUGCAGGGGACAAAGUGGGGGAUUCAGACCCAUUUGGAAGCAAAAUGAACAACGCUGGGGAGGUGGAUCCAUUCAGUUCACAGGAGGGGGGGUCAGAUCCAUUCAGCUCUUCUUCUACAAGCUCUGAUCUGGCUGCGAAGGAUUCCACACCAUCUAAUGAUCCCUUUGCUCCUGGAGGUACUACUGUGAGCACCACCUCGGAUCCAGAUCCAUUUGCUGCUGUUUUUGGCAAUGAGUCGUUUGGAGGAGGCUUUGCAGAUUUCACUGCUUUGUCAAAGUCUAAUGGUCCGGACCAAUUUGGCAUCAACAAUAAGAACCUGUUCCAGGAGGACAACCAGUCUGCCAGCUCUGCAGUGCCCCCUGCCCUGCCCCCUAAAACGGGUACACCAACGAGACCACCUCCUCCACCUCCAGGUAAGAGGGCAUCAGUCUCUAGGACAGAGUCCUCCGACUCUUUCCAGCGGCGAGGACCCCUUCUUCAGACCUCUGCAGACUUCUCCUCUUCCUCCUCUACCCUGCCUGCCAAGGAUCCUUUAGCUGACCCCUUCGCCCCCUCCUCCCCUCCUCGCCACAACAUGCGGGAAGCUGAUCGAUUUGCCAGCUUUGACAAAUAUCCAACCGAGGAAGACAUGAUAGAGUGGGCAAAGCGCGAGAGCGAGCGAGAGGAAAAGGAACGACUAGCAAGGCUCACCCAACAGGAGCAAGAGGACCUGGAGCUCGCCAUCGCUCUAAGCAAGUCUGAACUCUCUUGAGGAGGCUGCUCCCCUCAGCCGGGCUGGCGCUGCACAGCCUGACCUGGCCCCAAAAAAAAAAAAAGCACCAAAGCAACAUGGGGGAGGGGGAUGCACAGAGCUGAUGCAGAGACUUCAAACUGAUUCCUCAAACCUUCAGCGCCCCCUUCUUCCCUUCGACUGCUCACUGUUUCACAUCACACACAGUCUGUUUUUCUUAUCCUGUCGGUCUCUCCGCGGGUUCGACUAAAUGAGAUGAAGAGUAAGAGACAUCCAGGUUGAAAAUGAAUCCUGACGUUUUCCAAUCCGGCUACCAACUCUAGAAUCUAACUUAUUUAAAUAUGCACUCAAAACUAGACUAAAAUAGGCAGUUUUCAGCCACUAGCAACACUACUCCACUUUAUUAAAUCUUGACUUUCUCUGAGAGGGAGGUUUUGAGUUAAACAUUCAUCUAUAGUAACCAUAAAUCCCUGACCUUUUUCCUGUCUGCUCCAUAACAUCCUAAAACGACACUUGGCUGUGAAAAUAUUAGCUUUUUCUGCAAGAAAAUGUAGCAUCUGUUUUUAUUAAGCAGCUCUUUUAAACAGGGCAUCCAUGUCUUGAUUAGGGUUUUAUAUAUAUAUAUAUAUAUAUAUUUCAACUUUCUUAAUGUCCUGUGAAAAGUAAACUGCAUGUUAACAAACAAAACAAGAAGUAGGUCCAUUAUCUUCAUCUUCAGCAGGAAACUGGAUCUGUUUGAAAUUUCCACACCCAAACACCCGUUCUGUAUUUGUUAGCUUAGCAUAAACUCCAUCCUCCACUGGAACGGCAUUUGGAUUUCAGGCCACACUGGAGUGCUGAAUUUUGAAAGAAUUCACUUUGGGACAGGUUAUCUGCUCUUCCCUGAUUACUCACAGUUUUAUAAAUGGUAGAAUACAUUUCAUAAAUGUUGCAUAACUUUUUUCAUCUUGUAGGCUAGAGACAGAACUGGAAGGUUUUAAUGGUAACUUAUUUAAAUUAGCCACUUUACAGCAUUGUUUGGGUGUAUGUUUGUCAUCCAGAUUUGCAUAUGACUGCGAAAUUAAACUGAUCUUCCCAAGGGAAACUAAAACCAUCUUUCUUAAAUUAGUGUUUUGAUCAACAUUUUUUUUUUUUUGUAACAUUCUUACUUACUUUCAUCUAAUUUGAUCAGAUUUCAAAGCGCUGCUGUCGGUGCUGAUUUGUACAUUUCCAUCUGAUAUUCCAUCAGUCAUUACAUCUCAGUUGAUUUUGAGUCUCUUUUUGUUUCAAAGUCAACAAAUCUUUCUCGGGCUGAAUAUUUUAUUGCAUUUUUCAUCCUGUGUGAGAAUUUACCUCAGCAGCUCAUGCUGUGAUGAUAGAAACUCACACUGCACUUCAUCCUCAUGCCUCAUCAUAGCCACACAUAAAGCUGCCUGAGCUGUUUUUUUUAUAUCUUAAAGUUAUACCCGAAGAGCUCCUGCUCACACAUCUAUAAAAGUUUGAUUUUAAUGAGGGAAGAAUGCUGAAAAAAAGUUUUAUUUUGUUUGAAUUCAUCUUUUUGAUCAAAUAUAGCACAGCAUUAAGGAUGGCUAUCAUCUUUAUGAUUUUGCUUUGUGCCCUGUUUGUGUUUAACCCCCCUACAAUAAGUGCUGCAUCGUGUUGAAGUUUAUUGUAUAUACAACAUUUGCAUGUCUAUUCCCUGACUAUCUAAUGCCAGUGUUUAUAGUUUCUUUUUUUUUUUUUUCAAAGGCCACUUUAGAGUCCGUCUUACUGUCCUUUUGUACAGACAAACCUGAACCACUUAUGCUUGUAGACUUACUCUCAAGAAGUCUUUUUAAAAUUCAAACCAAUUGUACUUUAUUUUGUAUUUUCUAACUUUUAAGAGAGAUGAUUAUUGGGAGGCUUAACCAGAAAAAAAUGUAACACAUUUAAUUAAAA